AUGGCUCGGAUGAACCGCCCUGCGCCGGUGGAGGUCUGCUACAAAAACAUGAGGUUCCUCAUCACACACAACCCCACCAAUGCCACGCUCAACACCUUCUUGGAGGACCUGAAGAAGUACGGUGCCACCACGGUUGUGCGAGUGUGCGAAGUGACCUAUGACAAGACCCCCCUGGAGAAGGACGGCAUCACUGUCAUGGAUUGGCCAUUUGACGAUGGAGCGCCUCCUCCCAGCAAGAUAGUGGAAGAUUGGCUCAACUUGUUGAAGACCAAGUUCUGCGAAGACCCCGGCUGCUGCGUGGCCGUGCACUGCGUGGCCGGCCUGGGGCGUGCUCCUGUCCUCGUCGCACUGGCCUUGAUCGAGAGUGGGAUGAAAUAUGAAGAUGCCAUCCAGUUCAUCCGACAGAAGCGCAGAGGAGCCAUCAACAGCAAGCAGCUGACGUACUUGGAAAAAUACCGACCAAAGCAGAGACUCCGAUUUAAGGACCCUCAUAACCACAAGAACAAAUGCUGCAUCAUGUAACCUCAAUGACCUCUUGCCAAAACCCGUGCACACAGACACCCGGGCGCUCGCACACAUCCC